AUGCGUGGUCGGUUUGGCGAUACGCUAAAUCCUGAUGAUGCCUACUUGAGUUAUAAAUCGGCUAAUAAGGUUACAGUGACACGAGAGGACAUGCAAUGUCUCAAGAACGAUUGGCUCACAGAUAAUAUCAUCUCAUUCUGGGAAGAAUACCUGGAACAUGAAUUCCUCUCCCAAUACAAGACCUCCAACAUCGUUCUCCUCCGACCUAGCAUGUCAUUCAUGCUCCUCCAGACCCCCGAUCCACGCACCCUCCGCCAAGCCCUUCCAGACUUCUCACGAACCACCCACGUCUUCCUCCCCAUAAACGAUUGCCACAACGUCACACAAGCAGAAGGCGGUACGCACUGGUCAUUACUGCUGAUUUCCAUCGUCGACGGUAUCGCAUUCCACUAUGAUUCAUUGGUAUACGGAAACCACGACGAGGCCAGAUACGUCACCACACAAUUCAGCAAACUCCUCGGCCGUCCACUCGCCUGGCAACACUUGCGAGAUUCACCCCAACAAGACGGAGGAAGCGAUUGCGGUGUAUUCGUCUGCAUGAACAUGCGCCACCUCCUUCUGAAACGACUCCUCAUGGCUAGUGCCCAUGAAAAAGUCAGCAUGAGUCUUGGCGGACGGAAAAUAGAUCCCAGCGCCUCACGCAAAGAAAUGGCCAAGAUUAUAGAAGGAUUCCGGAAAGAAGGCGAGCGCCGACGAUCGGCAAGCGCAAGUCCCAUGGGAAAGAAAUCGCGAAGUCCCCCACGGAUUGAGUGA